CCUCCAAGGUUAUCAUUUGGACAAUGUCUUCUUCGAAACACAGCUCUGAAAAUACUACCUUCCUUUCGGAUAAAUUUUUCCAUACAAUACUCUCAAUUCUCAUGGAGCAGUUAUUUUCGCUUUCAGGUUUGGACCUCAUGAUCAACGAAGGUGGUCACAAUUUGAGCGCAGGUCAACGACAAUUGGUGUGCCUCGCCAGAGCACUCAUUCAACAGAACAAAAUCAUCAUAAUGGACGAGGCAACCGCCAACGUGGAUCCCUAUACAGAUGCUCUAAUCCAGAAAACUAUAAGAACGAGAUUUGAAGAGUGCACUUUAUUGACCGUAGCACACAGGCUGCAGACUGUUAUGGACUCAGACAAGAUGUUGGUUAUAAGGAGAGGAAAAGUUGAAGAGUACGAUCAUCCCUUCGUUUUAUUGAAAAAUUCAGAGGGAUUUCUGUAUCGUCUACUCAAGGCUACAGGUGAAAACACUUUCAGGAGUUUGGAACAGAUUGCUAGAAAUCAUUACGAAGAGAAAUAUGGCGCAAAAUAUAUAAGAGUAAAACCUUUCGAACCUUUCGUUUAGAAGACUAAGAUUAUUGUUUCAAUAAUCGAUUGCAGCGUUCAGAUCUAAGAUUCACUUCUUGUUUUCGUUAAUUGUGUUGAAGUAGAAUAAAACUGAAAUGAAAAUUGUUUUCUUCCACGUUAUUAAUAAUUAAAAUAUUCGUACUUUUACCUGAAAUUAAUAAAUGAA